GUUUACGCCUCAAUUGAAAGCCCUUUGCAUUCACUUUCAUUUGGUUUAUGUUUUAUCCCUUUUAUUGGCCAAUAGUUUGAAUCAAUUUUACUUUGAUUUGAGUGUUGUUUUUGUGUUGCACUCAUAAGAUGUCAAACUAUGGUAUUGUCGAGUAUUUUGGAUCCAAUGAAGACUCUUAUAGUUGUGGUUAUUGUAAAGAAAUGAGAGGAGGAAAGACGGAUAGUGGUAAGUAUCGCAGCGGGAUGUGGGCGCACAGACUCUCUAACACUAAUUACCAGAACCUGAUUGACCGCAAUUGGCGACGAAGUGGUCAAUACUGUUAUAAACCACGUCUCGAGCGGACCUGUUGUCCGAUGUAUACAAUCAGAUGCGAUGCCAUUAACUUUAAACUAAGAAAAUCACAAAAGAAAGUGAUUAAGAAAUUUAAUCGAUUUAUUAUAAGCGGCGAAAAGCAGAGUAAGAGAUGUGAAAGUGAUUUACAAACAAUGGAUCCGAUGGACGAUCGGCCAGAAGUGAAACCACUUUUAAAUGAAAGCGAUUCGACCAAAGAGUUCAAACUAAGUGCCCAAACAAAUACAGAGUCUUCAACCCAACAGAUUGUCGACAUUGAAUCCAAUACUAAUGAUAAGGCCAUGAAUUGUGACCAAAAGAGUGAUAUCAAAGUGAUGGACAAAAAUAGACGAAAAGCUAAAACUAUUAGAAAAGAGCGUAAAUUACAGAAAAUUAUGAAAAACAAAAAUUGUGAUGAAGUGAAAGGACUGGAGUUCAUGAAUGAGUGCCAUAAAAAGAAAAAUUACGGAUCCUUUCAUCAACAGUAUUGGUUGGACAACAAACUGAUAGCUGUUGGAGUCAUCGAUAUAUUACCCUAUUGUUUGUCAUCUGUUUAUCUCUAUUACGAUCCCGACUAUGACUUUCUAUCUCUCGGAACCGACUCUCAGUCUAUAACGGAUGCAGAGAUCAAGAUUCUGCACAACAGGACUGACAUGUCAUUCCUCUACUAUAAGUCGGUUAGUGUUGUCGACGACAACGAAGAGAAACAGAUCAGAGAACAUUUGAUCCAAAUUGUCUCAUAUGUGGUGAUGUCUUCGGAAGCGCUCAAGAUAUUAGUUUGCGGUGAUGUGAGCGGUAAAUACCGACAGUUGUUCGCGCGGAUCAAUCAAGUGAUGAAAAAGUCGGGCGCUUUUGAUCUGGUGUUAUGUGUGGGUGAGUUCUUCGGCGUGGACUCCGAUGACGAGUACAACGACUUAAUACACGGGACAAUACCGUUGCCAUCGGUUCCCAUCUAUAUAUUGGGCACAACUGACGAUCGAUUGACCAAAUACUACAAGAAUGAGGACUCGGAUAGUGAUUACGAGUCGGGCUUUGAACUGAUGGACGGAAUCACUUAUUUGGGCCGAAAAGGCAUUCUUACGGGAAGUUCUGGACUAAGAAUCGCUUAUUUUAGUGGAAAGCAAUCAAAUGAUGGCAAAAGCGAUACGAAGAGCACAUUUGACACCAAGGAUUACGAGUCACUACUUUUAUCGCAUCAAAGUUCUUCAUCGGUGGUCGAUAUCUUGAUGACCAAUCAGUGGCCGAAACAUAUCUUUCGUUACACCGAAGGACACGACAAGCGAUUGGAGGAUACGAACAGCGAAUUGGGCUCUGAAUUGGUGACCAAACUAUCACUUUUAUUGCGUCCGCGCUAUCACUUCGUCGCCGGUUAUGAUUGUUUUUACGAAAGACAUCCGUUUCGUAACCACAGAGUAUUGGCGGAGUCGGGCCGACACGUGACCCGCUUUGUAGCGGUGGCCGAAGUGGCCAAUCAGGCGAAAGAGAAGUGGUUGUAUGCGUUUGUCAUAACUCCGGCCAAAACUAUCGAUAAAAAUGAAUUAAUUAAACAACCGAUUGAUGUGACAGAGAAUCCAUUCAUUGACGUCCAGUUAGAGUCAAGUAAUGCA